UCCAGCUUGAGCUACAGUCCACACGUAAACUCACUGCACUCUACAACUCCUGGGAUUUAUAUUUUGUACAAUUAUGGUGUUCGGGAAUAAUCAGAAGAGUUGGUUCAUUUGCCUUCUCGGUGUCCGGUGAAUAGCCUACUUCUUAAUUUAGCAGAUCCAAUUGCUGAUGGAGACAUUGGAAAACCAUACUCAUGCAAAAUUGUCAUAGCUCAGUCAUGCCAGUUUGGGUUUUGUGUGUUUUGCUUACAUCUCUGAUUCAUCAAACAGAGCAGGAUGGGCAUCUACCUCCUGUUAAAUAUGUUACAGUGUAUGCAGAAGAAAAUGACAUAUUUAAGAGCGGUGCAUGGGUGUUGAACGUUGCAUGGAGAGAUGAAUUUGUUGAAAAUACUGAAUCUGAGAAACUUAUGUAUGAUAUAGAAGUACUUCGCACUGAGCAAAUGAUGAGGGUUCACCAUGAGACAAUACAGGUGAAGGCAGACCCAACAACCCGCCAUCAAUGGAAAUGGACAUCACCUCUACCUUUGCAGUGCACCUCCCAUUCGGUCAGACUGAGACGCCGAGAUCAACAUCAGACUGGCAACUGGUCAGCAUUAUACACUUACGAAGGACAAGAUCUAAAUGCCUCAAAAACAACUGUCUAUCCACAAGACCAAUAUUUCCUGGUUGGGAGCAGCAUCACUUUGUGUUGCAUCUUGAAGGCAGAGAAUGUUCCAUCAUUCAGUUCCCAUAUGUUUAAAAUUCGCAUCAGCAACAGGACCAUCAUCACAAAACCAGUUCAACUUUACAGCACAAGCAGACCAAUAAUCUUAGAUUGUGAUGAUGCAGGGACCACUGUUUUCAUAGGCUAUCCCCCUGAUGACCAGAAUCUCACGUGUGUCACUCGGGAUCUCAGCUCUAUGCAAUGUUCCUGGAACCAUGGUCGAGAGACUCUAAUUGAGGGACUAAAAGGAGAGACAAAGUACACACUUAAUGGAAGACACUGUCAGUUUAGUCCGUGUGUCCUACCUGAAAACACGGAGACCAGUUGGACCCUGACUGCCCAAAAUCCACUUGGCGUGAAGAUAAUCAAUGAUACAGCAGACCCCCUACAUAGAGUAUGGUUGAGAGCACCUAAGAACAUACUAUCCAAUGCUAAUGAAAGAAAUGCCACUCUUCAGUGGAGCUGGGACCUGCAAAAAUACAAUUCCUUUUCAAUGAUAUGUCAAGUGGAACUCAAUGGACACAUUUACAAUAAAACCUUCAGCGGAACGGGACUCAAAUCAUUCGUCCUUGAAGAUCUACAGCCUUUCACUGGUUACAGCGCUAAAGUGCACUGUGGGUCUUCUGAGCACUUCUACACGUGGAGUGAAUGGAGUGAAAUGACCCUUUUCAGAACCAAAGAGGACAUUCCAGAACCAGUAGAUGUUUGGAUGCAAUAUUUAGAAGAAAGUACAUAUGUUAUAUGGAAGCAAUUAACAAAAGAGCAAAGUCAUGGGGUUCUUACGGGCUACGAAGUUACCAUCACUGACACUAAAAACAAGACAAGCAGUAACCACGCAGGACCGAAUACCACAUACUACAGCGACAGCGCUGAAAAUGAAACAGGAGAUCACAUGAUCUCAGUCUCAGCCAAAAACUCAGCUGGUCUGUCUCCUCCUGCCAGCAUCAUCAUCACACGUUAUCCUGGCAGUAGUGUCAAUUUAAAGCGUAUCAAUGGCAGUAAUGGUGGAUUUGAUAUAGUUUGGUUGGAAAGCUCCAGUUCCACUUGUGGCUAUGUUGUUGACUGGUUUCCAACCUACAGUAAGGAAAAAUGUGCUGUACAAUGGAAGAGGAUCCCAGCUGGUCACUUAAGCACAAGGAUUGAGUCAAAGUUUUUAAAGCAAGGAGUCAGAUAUAAUGUUUCAGUCUACAGCUGCACUGCUGGUGCUCCACAGCUUCUGCAGAGAGGAGAGGGUUAUGCUAUAGAGAAAAAGCCAUUCGAAAAGGUUCGGAAUGUCAAAGGUAAGCCGAAUGGAAGACAUCUUGUGCUCUCCUGGGAAAAAUUGCCCUUAGACAAGCAUGGAGGCUUCAUGCUGGGUUACAAAGUCACGAUUUUCCAUUCUGAUUCCAAUACAACUAUGAAACCAAUGAUAACAGAAGAAACUACAGUUAAUUUAACAUUAGAUCCUGGAUCCUACGCUAUCAACGUUUCUGCAUUUACAUCUGUAGGGGAAGGUGAUAAUGCCACAUUCCACGGAAGAAUAGAGAAAGACCUUCUCGAAAUGAUUCUGGCCACUGUUUUGGGUUCCAGCGUAGCAGCUCUUAUGUUUAUCAUCAUUACAUUCCUUUGCUACAGAAGGAGAAAGUGGUUAAAGAAAAUGUUGUAUCCAGAUAUACCUAAACCAAAACUUUCUGGGCAAUGGACUAAAAAGGGUAUUUAUUGCUCCGAGAUGACUGAAAGAUAUAUGAAGUGUGAAAUCCAGGAGGUUCACAGUAUAGAACGUCCUGCACUAGACGCCGCAGAUGGCAUUCUCCUCAUCAGAUCUAAUUCCAUAUUACUUCCAACUAAUAAUCUCCACCAGAAUAAUUCUAAAUUCCCAGUUGUUUCAUCCUUUAGUCAUGUAACCUCUUUUAUCACCUUGGAUCCCAUUUCAUCACGGCCCUGUGUUCAAAAGCUUACAUCAGCUAUCGAAAACCCCACAUAUAAUAUAAUCUCACAAGAAUCAGGUAAUAUGUCCCUUUUAUCUGAACCCGCACUGGAAAUGGACGAUUCUUACCUUCCGACUCCUAACAAUGUUCAUAAUCAUUUUCAUGACAAAGACUUUUAGGAUUACAAGACCCAUACACCAAUGUCCUAAAUAGUGUGUUUGUAAAUAAUGUAAACUUGAUGUGUAUGUGAACUUUGCCAGUAUAAACUAUGCUGUGAAUGUUAUGUAUAGUAUGAUAUCUCAACACUAUUUCUUUUAAAUACUAUGAUGAAAUAAAGCUGCGACUAGUGGUGAUUUUUAUAUUUCAA